UAUAAUUUGCGUCUAGGACUUGCAGUUGUCUGUGAUGGAGAGGGCAUACCUAAAUGUGUAUGCUUGCCCCCAGGACCGUUAAAACGAAAAAGAAUAGCAAUGAAAUAAAAUGAAUUAAAUUAAAUUGAAGGAAAAAAAUCGUUAAAGGGAGUCAUUCAUCUUGGUCUCCAGAGGUUAAAGAUUUACGCUCUACAUGUCGUGAACGGUGAAGAGUGUUUACGCUUACGGAUAUAUUUUCAUCUUUCCAUUCAAUUAAGUAAAUUUGUUUUCUUUGGUUUUGAAGAUAUUUCAUUGGUAGUGUCCUUGACUUGCCUCCGAAUUCUUAUUUUUUUUGUUUGCAACCAAGCUCUCACCAAAAGAAACUUGCAAAGACUGCAGUUUGACAGCACCGGCCGAUUUCACUGAGGUUGGGCUUAUUAAACAGUAUGCUAUGCGCGAUUUUGAUACACCGCAGUUAGAGGAGAGAGAGGAACGUGAAGGAUCUCCUAGUGAGUAUGAAGAAGAACCUGUUGUAGAAAAACCAUCUCUUUUGCAGAGUGAAGUAGGAGCAUACAAGGAGAUUAUAUCAAACUUGAAACAAGAAACAAGAAAUGAAUUAGCAGUUCAAUUAUACUUCGUCCAUGAGAGUCUUAAAAAUCGAGGACAAACACGAAACGGGAAUGAUGGUAAUGUGGAGGAUAAAGAUACGAAAACUCCAAGAAAAUAUUGGACGGUUUGGCCUACUAGGGAAUCAACGUUCUUGGAACAGAAUUCUCCCAUUACGGGAGCUUUUCGCUUUCGUCAGGAGGCAGCAGCUUUAGCUAUUCGUAUUGCCUCACAUAAACUUCAAGCCAUGAAAAAAGUUCCUUCUUCAGAUGAAUAUCCAAAUGCAAUGAUGCUUCGAAGACUCGCUGCAAUGCUUCAGCAAAAACUAGAAUGUCUGCUAGAUGCCGUGGACUCGUUUCGUCAACAACAGAGGAGUCGUUUGAUGCAAGAGCGUUUAGCAUAUAUGGAUUGGCAAGUUGUUUACGGCCUUGCGAAACUCACCCGGGGUGCAUUUUCAUGCACGAAACAAGAUUCGAUAGCUCUAGAAAAAGCAACAAAGCAGUGCCAGCGUGUGUUUAAAGCUGAUCUGUCACAAAUGAAGUAUUCAGAGGAUAGAGAAUCUGAAUCCCCAACUCCAGAUGAAAUUGUUCCAUUGGAGGACGAAGAUAUGAUCCAACGGAUCUUGGAUACAAUUGAGGAACAACUUCAUUCACCAGAAGAACAUGAGCACUAGAUACUGUUGAGCGACGUGGGGAUUACUGUUUUAUGUUUUAUUUUGGUAUACAAUGCAGCAUUUGUACAUUAACUAUUUUUCUCUUACCGCUCGUAUGAAUGAUAGAAAUAGCAUUUUCGAGCUUGUAUAUCUAACAACUUGGAAACAAUGGCCUCUACCAACGCCUAAAUUUUUGUAAGUAUAUUAUUUUUUUCUCUAUAAAUUCACAGCAAUUCACAGCUUCAUACAAAUUGCAAAUGUAAGCCGUUUCUUUUCUCUGCUAUUACUAGUCAUUGUAAUCGCACAAAUAAAUAUCUUCUUGUGAUUCUUCGUUUAUAGAAUAUCAUCUUAAGGACGCAUUGAAUUUUUCUGCUUUGACUUGUGGAGAGGUGGGGGUCUCCCUAAGAAAACCCGACCGCGACAUUUAAUCAAAGCA